AUGUUGCAGGUUGAUGAGCAUCUUUCUGGCUUUGAGGUUGGUCGCAUCAUCUGGAGCAUUGAGUAUGAGGUGGACGGAAAAGCCCAAGAACAUUAUUUCAAUCCUGACCCCAGAUUUGUCAGCAAGAUCAAUAUUCAACCCUUGGAAGAGAAGAAACUCAUUCCAGUGUUGAAGGUAGUUUUUUUCCCUAAUUACUUGCUUCCAUCUUUGUCAUCUUUCCUUUUCUUUCUAUAUUUCCUACCAUCCUUCUUCUUCUCCUCUCUCUUGUCUUCCUCCUCCUCAUUUUCUCUCUCUUUCUUGCCCUCCUUCCUAUCCUUCUCUCUCUCUUGUCCCCCUUCUUCUGCUUCUCUCUAUCUGUUGUUAUCCUUCUUUUCUCUUGUCAUCUUUCUUUUCCUUUCUCUAUCAUCUUUCAACCUUCUUCUUCUCUCUAUCUCCUGUCAUACUUCUCUCUAUCUUUUGUCAUCCUUCUUCUCCUAUCUCUUGUCUGCCUUCUCUUGCUCCCUUUCCUUUGUUCUUUUCUCUCUCUCUCUCUUGUCAUCUUUCCUUUCUGUAUUAUCUUUCAUCCUUCCUUUCAUUCUCUAUUUUUCAUUUCCUUUGUCUCCCUUCCUCGCUUUCUCUCUAUUUCCUGUCAUCCUUCUCUCUCUUCUCUUUUCUCUUGUCCACCUUCUUUUCCUUCUCUCUAUCUCUUGUCCCCUGCUUCUUCUCUCACUCCUGUCAUCCUUCUCUUUUUUAUCUUUUGUCAUCCUUCUUUUCCUUUUUCUUUCUCUUUCCAUCCCCCAUUCCUUUUUUCUAUCUUCAUCUUCUGUUAACCUUUCCCCUCCCUCUAUCCACUCUCAUCUUUUCCUUUCUCUCCCUCUCUUUACCUAUUAUCUUUUCUUUCUCUCUCUAUUUAUCUUCAGCUAUUCUUUCCUCCCUCAUUCUCUUUAUCUUUCUGUCUCUCUCUCUUUAUCUCUCGCAUUGUUUUUUCCUCUAUCUUUAUUUCCUCCCACUAUUCCCCUUACUUUUCCCAUCUUUAUCCACAUUUUCUUUCCUUAUCAUUUUAUCCUUCUUUCUUUCAUAGAUUUAUUUAUACUUCCUUUCUGCAAAUGUAGAGGAAAAUGGAAACAGCAGCAAUCAUUCAUCACUUAG